CCUGUUGCAUGUAAUCAAAGAGGCCAUGGUAAAAAAACUAAACAUAAUAUAAGGAGGUUGAUGUUGCAAACCUUGUAUAAUAAGUACUCAUGUACUUUGAAGAAACCAACCAAAUUAAAGUGUGUUGUAGCUGUGGUCUCUGGCUAGCAUGGGUCAUCAUAAAAGCACUAUAAAUCUUUCACAAAUUAGAAAGAACAUCCUCUUGUGAUAAUGGCAAUGAUUUCAUCCUUUAAGAACUAGUGCUCAGCCAAGCAAGCAACCAAAACAAAGCAAAAAUGUCAGCAGCAAAAUCUGAGUUGGUAGAGAAGGCAAGCAUAAACGUAGAAAGUAAUGAUCAAUCAUCUCCACCUGCUCCUGCAAGCCUUGGGAAGAUGGUGGCUUCAGAGCUGAGAAUUCAACGAGGAAUAGCCCUUCCAAUGGUGGCCAUGAACCUUGCCUGGUUUGCCAAGACAGCCAUCACAACAGCAUUUCUAGGCCGCCUGGGCGGGCUCAGCUUAGCCGGCGGUGCCCUGGGCUUCACUUUCGCCAACGUAACCGGCUUCUCUGUCCUGAACGGCCUGUGUGGCGCCAUGGAACCUAUCUGUGGACAAGCUCACGGUGCUAGAAACUUCAAACUCCUCCACAAGACCCUUCUUAUGACAAUCAUAUUGCUCCUCUUGGUAACAAUUCCCAUCACUUUCCUAUGGCUCAACGUUGACAAAAUCUUAAUUCACUUCGGGCAGCACCAAGAUAUUUCAACGGUGGCCAAAACCUACAUCUCAUAUCUUAUACCAGAUUUGUUUGUCACCUCGCUCUUCUGCCCCUUAAAAUCCUACUUGAGCUCCCAAAGCAUAACACUCCCAACCAUGUUCAGUUCAGCCGUGGCACUUGCUUUCCACAUACCAAUCAACAUAGUACUCUCAAAAACCAUGGGCCUUGGGGGGGUUUCCAUGGCGGUUUGGAUAACCGAUCUUAUAGUGGUGGUUCUGCUGGCAAUUUACGUAGCCAUUCUUGAGAACAGAAAGGGAAGCAUGUGGAAGGAAGGGGGGUGGUGGGAUCAGAGCAUACAAGAUUGGAUUAGGCUUUUGAAGCUGUGUGGAUCAUGCUGCCUCAACACAUGCUUGGAAUGGUGGUGCUAUGAGAUUCUCAUCUUGCUUACCGGCCACCUCACUGACGCUAAAGACUCACUCGGAAUUCUCACCAUUGUUCUCAACUUCGACUAUCUGCUUUUCUCCGUCAUGCUGUCCCUGGCCACCUGUGUCUCCACCCGAGUCUCCAACGAGCUCGGGGCCAACCACGCCGUCCCCGCGUACCGGGCGGCGUGUGUUUCUUUGGGAUUGGGGUGUGCCUGCGGGUGCAUAGGGAGCUUGGUGAUGGUGGGGGCAAGGGGAGCCUGGGGGCCUCUGUUUAGCCAUGAAAGGGGAAUCAUAACAGGGGUAAAAAGGACAAUGCUGCUGAUGGCUCUUGUGGAAGUGUUUAAUUUUCCGGUGGCGGUUUGUGGAGGCAUACUUAGAGGGACAGCUAGACCAUGGUUGGGCAUGUAUGCUAAUUUGGGUGGAUUUUACUUCCUUACCCUGCCCCUUGGUGUGCUUUUUGCAUUCAAGCUUCACCUUGGGCUUAUUGGGCUCUUUAUUGGUCUUAUUGCUGGUAUUGUUAUUUGCUUGUUGCUGCUGCUCAUGUUUAUUGCAAGGAUUAACUGGGAAGUGGAAGCUUCUAAGGCACAGCAACUGGCCACAAAAUAUGAUUCUCAAGAACCAAUUCAAAACCAUCAUGUCUAACAAAAUUUCAGGACUCUGUUUCUCAAAACAACAAUCAGUUUAAAAAACAUAUAGGAAAUGUAUGUUAUGUAGCGCUUGUGUUUCUAAUUUUAAGAAACAAAAGGGCAGCUACUAAUUAAGUGACUGGAAGCAUAAUUCCGGAUUAUGUUUGUUC